AUGAAGAAGUUUAAUUUCCGAAAAGUUUUGGAUGGCUUAACUGCCUCUUCCCCUGGCAGUAGUAGCAGCAGUGGCAGUAACAGUGGUGGUGGGGCUGGAAGUGGUUCCAUGCAUCCAGGAGGGACUGCAGGGGUCCUCAGAGAGGAGAUUCAGGAAACCUUGACUUCAGACUAUUUCCAGAUUUGUAAGACAGUUCGGCAUGGUUUUCCUUAUCAGCCCACAGCAUUAGCCUUUGAUCCAGUUCAGAAAAUCUUGGCUAUUGGGACGAGAACUGGUGCUAUACGAAUACUUGGGAGACCUGGCGUUGAUUGUUAUUGUCAACAUGAAAGUGGUGCAGCUGUUCUGCAGCUCCAAUUCUUGAUCAAUGAGGGUGCUUUGGUCAGUGCAGGUUCAGAUGAUACACUUCAUUUGUGGAACCUUAGACAAAAAAGGCCAGCUAUUCUUCAUUCUCUUAAAUUUAACAGAGAACGAAUUACUUACUGUCAUCUACCUUUCCAGAGUAAAUGGCUCUAUGUUGGAACAGAAAGAGGAAAUACACAUAUUGUAAAUAUUGAAUCUUUCAUUCUUUCUGGAUAUGUUAUCAUGUGGAACAAGGCAAUUGAACUAUCCACAAAGACUCAUCCAGGUCCAGUUGUACAUUUAAGUGAUAGCCCAAGAGAUGAAGGGAAACUGCUAAUAGGUUAUGAAAAUGGUACUGUAGUAUUCUGGGACUUGAAAUCUAAAAGAGCAGAACUGAGAGUUUAUUAUGAUGAGGCUAUUCAUUCAAUUGAUUGGCAUCAUGAGGGCAAACAAUUCAUGUGCAGCCAUUCAGAUGGUAGCUUGACUUUAUGGAACCUGAAAAGCCCAAGUCGUCCUUUCCAGACCACAAUUCCACAUGGAAAAACUCAAAGAGAAGGAAGAAAAUCUGAAUCUUGCAAACCAAUUCUUAAAGUAGAAUACAAAACCUGUAGAAACAGUGAACCAUUCAUAAUAUUUUCUGGUGGACUGUCCUAUGACAAAGCUUGCAGAAGACCAAGUUUAACCAUCAUGCAUGGAAAAGCAAUUACAGUGCUUGAAAUGGAUCAUCCUAUCGUUGAAUUUCUAACUUUAUGUGAAACACCCUAUCCAAAUGAAUUUCAAGAACCCUAUGCCGUUGCUGUACUUCUGGAGAAAGAUCUCAUUGUAGUUGAUCUGACACAAAGCAACUUUCCAAUCUUUGAAAAUCCAUAUCCUGUGGACAUUCAUGAAUCACCAGUUACAUGCACAGCAUACUUUGCUGAUUGCCCACCAGAUUUGAUUCUAGUGCUCUACUCUAUAGGAGUCAAGCAUAAAAAACAAGGAUACAGUAAUAAGGAGUGGCCAAUCAGUGGAGGAGUUUGGAACCUUGGCACACAGACAUAUCCAGAAAUUAUUAUUACUGGUCAUGCAGAUGGAUCGAUAAAGUUUUGGGAUGCUUCUGCAAUAACUCUGCAGAUGCUGUACAAGCUAAAAACUUCAAAAGUGUUUGAAAAACAGAAGGUAGGAGAAGGAAAACAAACAUGUGAAAUUGUAGAGGAAGAUCCAUAUGCCAUUCAGAUGAUCUACUGGUGUCCAGAGAGCAGAAUAUUCUGUGUAUCAGGAGUCUCUGCCUAUGUCAUAAUUUAUAAAUUCAGCAGACAUGAAAUUACAACAGAAAUAGUGUCAUUAGAAGUACGACUUCAGUAUGAUAUUGAAGAUAUUAUUACCCCGGAACCAGAAACAAGUCCUCCAUUUCCUGAUCUCUCAUCCCAGCUUCCUUCUUCAAGGAGUCUAUCUGGGAGCACUAACACUGUGGCUAGUGAAGGAGUAACGAAGGAUAGUAUCCCAUGCCUCAAUGUUAAGACACGACCAGUGCGGAUGCCUCCAGGGUAUCAAGCAGAACUUGUUAUUCAAUUGGUCUGGGUGGAUGGUGAACCUCCACAACAGAUUACUAGCCUUGCUGUAAGCUCAGCAUAUGGAAUAGUUGCAUUUGGGAACUGCAAUGGGUUGGCUGUGGUGGAUUUUAUACAGAAGACAGUACUGUUAAGCAUGGGGACCAUUGACCUAUAUAGAUCAAGUGACCUAUACCAACGACAACCACGGUCUCCUCGAAAAAACAAGCAGUUCAUUGCAGACAACUUUUGCAUGCGUGGCCUGUCUAACUUUUAUCCUGAUUUAACGAAACGGAUCCGUACUUCCUAUCAGAGUUUAACUGAGCUGAAUGACAGUCCAGCUCCCCUAGAACUUGAGCGUUGCAAGUCUCCCACUCCAGAUCAUGUAAAUGGACACUGCACAAGUCCAACUUCCCAGAGUUGCAGUUCUGGAAAACGUCUUUCCAGUGCUGAUGUUUCAAAAGUAAAUCGCUGGGCUCCUGGAAGACCACCAUUUCGAAAAGCACAGUCAGCUGCUUGCAUGGAGAUUUCUUUGCCAGUUACAACAGAAGAAAGUCGAGAAAAUUCCUAUAAUCGCUCUAGAAGCUCUAGCAUCUCCAGUAUUGACAAAGAUUCUAAAGAAGCGAUUACAGCACUAUACUUCAUGGAGUCCUUUGUUCGGAAAAAUGACUCUACUAUCUCCCCUUGUUUGUUUGUUGGAACUAGUCUGGGAAUGGUGUUAAUCAUCUCCCUAAACCUACCUUCAGAAGAUGAACAAAGAUUUACAGAGCCAGUCAUGGUAUUGCCAAGUGGUACAUUCCUCUCAUUGAAAGGAGCUGUCCUAACAUUCUCCUGUAUGGACCGAACUGGCAGAUUAAUGCAACCACCAUAUGAAGUCUGGAGGGAUCCAAACAACAUAGAUGAAAAUGAGAAAUCUUGGAGAAGAAAGCUGGUCAUGAACUGCCCCUCUCCAUCCCAAGAAAUAGGAGAUCAUCAGUAUACAAUAAUCUGCUCAGAAAAACAAGCCAAAGUCUUCUCACUGCCUUCUCAGACUUGCCUCUAUGUUCAUAACAUCACCGAGACAUCUUUUAUACUACAAGCAGAUGUGGUGGUCAUGUGUAACAGUGCCUGCUUGGCAUGCUUUUGUGCCAAUGGGCAUAUCAUGAUAAUGAGCCUACCUAGUCUUCGCCCAAUGUUGGAUGUUAAUUAUUUGCCACUGACAGACAUGAGGAUAGCACGGACGUUUUGUUUUACCAAUGAAGGACAGGCAUUAUACCUUGUCUCUCCUACUGAAAUUCAGCGGUUAACAUACAGCCAAGAGAUGUGUGAUAAUCUACAGGACAUGCUAGGAGAUUUGUUUACUCCCAUAGAGACACCAGAAGCUCAAAACAGAGGCUUUCUCAAGGGACUCUUUGGUGGAAGUGGACAAACAUUUGACAGAGAAGAGCUCUUUGGGGAAGCUUCAGCAGGAAAAGCAUCACGCAGCCUUGCACAGCACAUUCCUGGACCAGGUGGUAUAGAAGGGAUGAAAGGUGCUGCCGGAGGGGUGAUGGGAGAGCUGACUCGUGCACGGAUCGCACUUGAUGAGAGAGGACAGAGGCUAGGAGAGCUGGAAGAGAAAACUGCAGGCAUGAUGACCAGUGCAGAAGCAUUUUCCAAACAUGCACAUGAGUUAAUGCUGAAAUAUAAGGAUAAGAAAUGGUACCAAUUCUAA